AACAACAACAACAACAACAACAACCGCCACUACCACCGCCAUUACACCAACAAGAGCAGGAACAAAAAGUGGUGGUAAUUCCUGCCGCUGAUGACACAAAAAGCUUAGAUCUCCCGUGGUACCAAUCGCCCCAUCCUCAACUACCAACAGCAUCACGAAACGUCAAACACACAACCACGCAUCUGGGCACCAUUUCACGCACGGGCCUGCAGGAACGGUCUGUGCAACGAGCUCGAGAAGUCGCCGAGGUGAUCUUGGGGCCUAUCAAGGGAAUACGCGGUGUGAGUAAGAUGCAAGAUGCCGCCUCAUUACGCGCCAUGGUCGAUUGCUGGACAACUGGCCAUUGGGUGGGCGGCGAAGGAUACCUUGUACCGAAACAUUUCCAGGAUCCAUUAUACGGAAAGUGUCACAGCGACGACCGACUGCACUAUCGUUGGCAAACGGAAGGAUGCACAGCAAUCAUGGAAACUGUCCAUCCGGGUCGCUGGUGUACUGCGUUGAACGGCCGUCAUGUUUUGCUCGUAGGUGACCUUGUUCAGUACCAAUUACACGAUGUAUUAUUGGAUGCUAUACGGGAUGGGCCUACUGUAUGUUUUGGUGAACUCAACUGCAAAGAUCACACGUUGUGCACCCAGCCCGAAGCCCGUAUGCGGUACUUGCGUAACGAUGUACUGUCAACGACGCGUCGAAUUGACAAGGCAGGCGGACAUCCAUCAGUGGACGUUGUACAAUGGCCAUUUACGACAACGACCAUGCUAAAAGCAUAUUCUGUGUUGAUCUUGAACCGAGCACCCGUGUUUGAAGACGACGAGACAUUUACCCAAGAGCUUGUGAAAACCAUGCGAACGAUCCGGCAGGCCGCACCGGAUAUGGUCAUUAUCUAUCGCUCGUCAUCGAUUGGUCAUCCUCAUUGCAACGACGCGACGGGUCCUUUGAGCUCGCCCUUGACUGAUGAGCAGCUCACAAAGUUACCGUAUGGAUGGAGCGAGCUGCGACGACGGAACGCGAUGGCAAGGGAAAUUGUAGAGGCAGCAGGAGGGAUUUUUGUGGAUUUGGCUGCGUUGACGGAUGUACGGCCAGAUGGACAUGUAGGCGGUCAGGACUGUUUACGUUAUUGCAUACCAGGCCCGCUGGACACGUGGGCUCAGAUAUUGUACAAUGUACUAUUGUUAGCAUCAUCAUCAUCAUCAUCAUGGAAUCAUCAACCAUCUUCUUAGGAAUCUCUUCUUCUUCAUCACUAUAAAGAUGAUAUUGAU